CUUGUAUGCAGAGUUGAAGGCACUCUUUCUUUCGAGCUUCGCGUCCCGCACUCUCUUUCCUUCUUCCCACAAACUCGACCACCUUUGCAUUCUACCACCGCACACGUACCUCCUCACUAGCUUUAACAAUCGUGCAAAUUAAGUCAACCACAAUCAAUGGCACCUCCCACCGGCCCUCGUGCGAGCCGCGGCAAUCGCCAAAAUCCGCGGGGCACACGAGGUGGCGGCAUAGGAAAGCGUCGGGGUACCUCUCGAACCGACCGUGAUGGCGAUGUUUCCAUGGAUACUUCAAGUGCAGCGAACCCGCCAACCGGCCCCUCAGCCCAUUCUACCCGUGGAAAUCGAGGCUCCCGAGGUGGAAGAGGCGGCCGGGUGUCAGCCCGGCUCGCUCAGAAUGUACGCAAUUACGUGUCGGAACAAGAUGGCACGACUCGUGGCGGGAAAGCCCAGUACAAUAAAGUCACCCUGAAGAUCCAUGGCCUCAAAGAUAGUAAAGCGGCCGGGAAUUCGGACGGUGGUCUUCGCUCGCUUCUCGAGUUCCUUGAACGAAAAGCUUCUAAAGAGCGGCCCAUCAUACUCGGUAGAGGAGUCAUUCGAGGGGACCAUGUGUGGCUCAAAGUCAAUCAAGCCGACGCGCCCAAUUUGCUACACCUGAACGGUUUCACGUACGCCGGCGCCCCGUUAACCAUCGAAGAGACCAGCGAUCCGAUUCCCGGGCAAAACGGCCGAUCGACCGACGGCCCCGAGCCAAACCCGUCAGAAACGAAAGAGAAGUUGCUGGCGGUUCUGAGUUCUCGCUACAACGUAGAACAGAAGCUCUUGGACCUAUCGGCACUAGGGGCCGAUCAAACCCUCUUCAGCAUGGGCGCUUUCGAAUCCAAGGCGCUAGCGGAGAAGUCGUUCAAGGCGCUGAUGCGUCUCACGGCUACACAUUACGACAAUCCUGCCGAGAAGGAGGCAGGCAUCCAGGCGGUUACUAUCGCUAACAACGACAUCCACGACGUCUACGAGGUUUUCGCACUGGCCUAUACCCUCCCUCAUCUGCGCCGUCUCGACCUUAGCGGUAACCAGCUCCAGGAUAUGUCGAAAAUUUCCAAGUGGCGUCAUGAAUUCCGCCGCCUGGAGGAGCUCCAUGCCGCCGGCAAUCCCGUCGCCAAUUUGCCAACCUACGCGACCCAAAUGAUCGAAUGGUUCCCAAGCCUGCAGGUGUUGGACGGACGCCGGGUUAGAACCCCAGAAGAGGCUGCGGAGGCCUUCAAGUCGUGGUUCCCUACACCGCUUCCCCGUCUGCCAUCUAACCUGCGGGACGGCGGGAACAACGUGGCGAGCACAUUCCUUAGUGGUUUCUUUGUCACAUAUGACCACGACCGAAUUUCUCUCGCCAGGCAGUUCUACGACGAAGACUCUGCCUUCUCGCUUCACACCAAAGCGGAGCCCGCGUCAAGCGGCUAUGACAACUUCUCCAGGAAUCUGGAAACAAUUGGCGUCCGGGGCUCGCCUAUACAGCAGCGGCUGUUCAACGGAAGCAACUUGAUCGCGGAACUCUGGGCCCAGCUUCCUGCAACAAGGCAUCCCAGCCUGGAUUUGGCCGAUGAGUGGCAGGUCGAUUGCCAUACCUUCCCAAGCUUGGCCGACCCGUCUGGACAAGGCUUGGCUAUGGGCCUGGCGAUCACCGUCUACAGUCGAUUUGAAGAAGUCGACCCGACUCGGCAGCUCCCCGGUACCCGCCAGUUUUCUCGUUCCUUUAUCCUUGGGCCGAGCAAACCUGGUGCGCCGCACCCAUACCGGGUCAUUAGUGAUGAACUCGCACUGCAAGCCUGGGUACCGCAACAAGCACCGGCCGCGGCCGUCCAGGCUCCCACCGUGGCGCCCAACGUGGCGCCCAACGCGGCGCCUGUCCCAACAGUCCCCGUUGCGGCACAACCCCCCGUACUGGAUGAUACCGUGCGUGCCCAGAUGAUUGAGGAAUUGUGUCGGCAAACGGGCAUGACGCCCGAGUAUUCUCGGCUGUGCUUGGCCGGGGAAGCGGACUGGAACUUCGACCUGGCACUGAGGUCAUUUCAAGAGAAGAGGGCGGAUUUGCCACCGGAGGCUUUUGUAUCAGCUGCAUAAUUUGUGAAGCGGAUGGAUAUGGAUAUGGAGAUAUGAGGGAAGAGAGCGAAUGCACGAUGUAUUAGCGAGCGAAAUCGAGAUCGGAACAGCG